UGUGCCGUUCAAUUGAAUCGAGACCAGGACCCCCUCAAUUCUUCUCUCUAGACAAAAUCAUGUUUCUCCAGCGAGGAUCGAGAGUGCUGCGGCGGCAGUGGGGGGCUUCCAAGGCCAUGGGCAAGAUGGCCAUGGGAAGAGGGAACACAGCGCCUGCGGCUGCUUCCCCGCGGUGGUUCUCAGAAUCGAGGAGGCUGUAUGCCGUGAAGCCGGUGCUGUUGGCUGAUAUCGGCGAAGGCAUUGUCGAGUGUGAGGUUAUCCAGUGGUUCGUCGAGCCCGGCGCGCACGUCGAGGAAUUCUCUCCCCUUUGCGAGGUCCAGAGCGACAAGGCGUCUGUGGAAAUCACAAGCCGCUUCUCCGGCGUCGUCAAGAAGCUAUACUACGAGACGGGCGAGAUGGCCAAGGUGGGGAAGCCGUUUGUCGACAUCGACAUUGAGGGAGGCGCUGAGGACGCCGGAGCUCCGCAGGCGGCUGAGUCGAGCAAGGACGUUUCAGCAUCAGCUCCCGAGUCGUCAAGGCCAGAGCUAACUGUAGCUGAUAUGCCGGCACCGGGUGGCAGCCAAGAGCCCAAGCCGAAGGGCAAGGCGGCAGGACUGGCGACCCCUGCGGUCCGGCAUCUGUCCAAGGAGCUGAAGAUUGACAUUUUGGAUAUUGACGGCACGGGCAAGGACGGCAGGGUCUUGAAGGAGGACAUCUACAAGUUUGUACAGCAGAGGGAUGCCAGCGCCAGCGCGCCGGCUUCUUCACAAUCUGCAUCCACACUGCCGCAACAGCCAUUUGGCCUGGAGCCGCUACCACACGGCCAGCCUACCGUGCAGACGGAAACAAGAGUCCAGCUCACAAACACCCAGCAGCAAAUGUUCAAGACCAUGACGCGGUCACUAAACAUCCCCCACUUCCUCUACUCCGACGAGGUCGACUUCACAGACCUCGUCAACCUCCGCUCUCGCCUCAACAAGGUCCUCGCCCAGACCCCCACGGCCCCCGGCCAGGCCAACAAGCUCUCCUACCUCCCCUUCAUCAUCAAGGCCGUGUCCAUGGCCCUCUACCAGUUCCCCAUCCUCAACUCGCGCGUCGAGAUCGAUCCCGCCACCAACAAGCCCUCCGUCAUCAUGCGCUCCCAGCACAACAUCGGCGUGGCCAUGGACACCCCCCAGGGCCUGCUCGUCCCCGUCAUCAAGGACGUUGGCUCGCAAAACAUCCUCUCCAUCGCCACGGAGCUCGUACGCCUGCAGAACCUCGCCGUCCAGGGCAAGCUCACGCCAAACGACUUCUCAGGCGGCACCAUCACCGUGUCCAACAUUGGCAACAUUGGCGGCACGUACCUCAGCCCCGUCAUUGUCGAGCGCGAGGUGGCCAUCCUGGGCAUCGGCCGCAUGCGCGCCAUGCCGGCUUUUGACGAAAACGACAACGUGGUCAAGAAGCACAUCACCAACUUUUCGUGGAGCGCCGAUCACCGCGUGGUGGACGGGGCCACCAUGGCUCGCGCCGCAGAGGUGAUUCGCCGCAUUGUCGAAGAGCCAGACGUCAUGGUUAUGCAUCUUAGGUAAACCAUACAUGUGAAUCUGAAAUAAGAAAUGAAUGAUAUACAUAGAGAGAGAGAGGGACGUGUAAAGAUUUUAGAUUAUGUUACGAUACAUGCUGAGACCUGGUUAUGGGCUUUCUAUUAUUCCUGUUAGAGUAUCUUUUCUUAGAUGUGCUCUUUUUCGUUUCUGGUAUCUAGGUAUUUACUAAACUUGAAUGUAAAAAAAAAAUAUGAAAUUCAGACUUAUGCUUUAUUCCUAUGUUAUACACCCAUCAACAAAAGUGAGAAUGAUGCAGCAUCUCAUCUCUUACACCCAAAUGUACUCUUCACAACCAGUACAUAUAUACAUGUACAAUCUUAUGCACACGCCCAUCCCCUCCAAAAACCCUCACAUGUUCGCAGCAAGCAAAACAGCAUACAUGUCCCCAAAGACGCAACAUGACGCCAUAACCCUUCUUCCUUCUUCCCUUCCCCUCAAUAAAGAAGAGCCAAAAACCCACAUCCGCAUCCCGCUAUCCGAAAAAAAUAUGCAACCUCUAGCAAAAAAAGUCUCAGCCUAACCCACACAUAACGCAUAUAAGACAAGACAAUAUACAUUAGCGUAAGUUUCAAACUUACAAAAGUACAAUUGCAUAAAAAUAAUAUUGAUUAAUUGGCGGAAGGAAAAAAGAAAAAAAAAAAAAAAAAAAAAGGUUCUCACCUGACGCCAACAUCCCAUGACCAUUCUGCACCUCUGCGUUGUUCACCGAAGAAUAGGAAGGUAAUUUAAAAUGAAUAGCGGCUGAACACCUAAUUCCUCCGUAUGCGUUGGCGCGACCAUGUCUCAUGACAAUGACCGUGACGGUGAUGCUAGUGGCAAUGCCCAACGCCCAAGAUGACAAAAAAAGGAGAACGAGAGGCACGCACACCAUGAACCACUGUAUAAUCUGUAAUCUGUAAUCUGUAAUCUGCAUUAGUGGCGGGCCGUAUAAGUGAGAAAUGACGAAAAGGAUUCCCUCCCCGGUUUGGGAAUUCUUUCUUAUGCAGUGCGUCUCCAAAAGGAAAAAAAAGCAAAAGGCUGUGGAUGUGUCAGGAAUCCCUCUCUUCCUUUCUGGAUCCCUUCUUGCUUACUCUGUUUAGUAAAGAGUUACAUUUUUCAAAGAGCUGGGGUUCGGAAACAGGGAAUCAUGCAGUCAGAGCGCGCGUUGUUGGCAAGAUUGUUGAUAUAAUACAGAUUUUUCAUUCAUUUAUUGCGUAUGCCUAUUAUAUAACUUCCCGUUCGCGAUCAUGAUAUCCAACUGCCAAGCAUGUAGGCAUUCCCUUUCUCCACUCCUUUGCCCGCAAAAGAGAAACAACACACCAGAGUCCACUUGCAACGGGGGACUGCGAAAUGACCUGCUUGUGCGACCCAGCCGCUCGAUGCCUGUCAGAUGCUAGCAGAGUGAAUUUCAUGCCCAACCGUUUGUUCCAACCACUGCCCUUGCAUCCCUGUUGCCUGCUGACCGAGCUGUUGUUAGUUCCCGGGCUCGUGUCGAGUCCCAACUCCACAUCCAAGUGCACCAAUAGAUAGAUCCCUGCGCCAAUCAAUUUGAAAAAAAGGAAAAGGAAAAAAAAAAGCAAAAAAAGAAAUGAUGCAAAGUUGGCGCCAUUGCUGGCCCGUUCCUCCAGAAUUCCGUAGCUGAAAAAAAGAUCUAGAUCGAAAAAGAAAAAACAAGUGUCAUGAAUACCCCAUUGUCGCAUAUCCGCAGAAAAAGAAAAGUGACGACAAUUUUUUUGUAGAUGCCCGGACGCUGAGACCAUGCGGCAGCCUCUAUACCCGAAGUAAACGAAAAAAAGACGAAAAGAGAAAGUGGUCCAAGCAAACGCUCUAUUGGUUAUCGUUGUCGGCUCUGCCCAUCGUCUCAAUGACCCUGGCAAGAGCGUCUUCCUUGACCUCGCCCAGGGUCCGGCUGACAUCGAUGGAGAUGACGUCCGUCUCGUUUUUGGUAGGUCGUUCGAGAACCUCGAACUGGCUGUGCACCAUGUUUGCUCCCAUGUAGUGGCCCUGGCGCUGGGCGACGCGCUGAAGAAGCAGCUCCUCGGAGGCAUCGAGGUAGAUGAAGUGGAUAAGCAGGUGGUGAUCGUAAUAGGCGGCCACGCGGAUGACAUCCCGGUACUUGCGCUUCAGGGCCGAGCAGGUCAGGACAACGCCGGUCUGGCCCUCGUUGAUCUGACGCAUUGACUCAUCGCGGAGAGACGUCAGCCAGUCCCAGCGGUCAGAGUCGGUCAGAGGAACUCCAUUGCUCAUCUUUUCGAUGUUUGCUGCGGAGUGGAACUGCGAGCAUCGUCAGCAUGAUUGUCAGCGUCGCACAAGGGGAAGAUACGGCCAGCAUACCGAGUCGCCUUCAAUGUAGGGCAUGUCAAGAGCGUUUGCCAGAUAUUCUGCAACACUGGACUUGCCACAUCCAGCUGGGCCGGUCACCAGCCAGAUGUGCGUGUGAGUGCCGGCCUGUCCGGCGGCGGUUGCCGAGUGCGACUCCGUGUUGUGAGAUGUGCCGUUGGUGACGGUCUGGAUGUCGAGGGCAGCUGCAGAGGGUGGCUUUUGGCCAGGGACAGCACAUGCGGUAUCGAAGGACAUCAUCUUGUGGGAGGAGAGAAGAGAAUUCGAGGUUGCUGAAGAAAGGUGGUGGAUAUGGUUGUCUAAUUGCAAAAGAGGAAUGCAAUGUUCGAGAGAGGCUUGGGCCGAUGUUGUAGUUUAUAGAUAGAGUUUGGGUCACCACGCACAAACAAGAAGCCUGGCCGGUUGUGGAUGUUGUGGAUGCUUGUGAAAAGCUGGAGUAGCGCAGCC